AUGGUUGGGUCAAGAACAUCUAUACUAGCAAUGUUAUCACUUGGCAUGAUGGCCAUUGCAUCUCCUACCCAAUUAGCACGCCGAGCAAUCUCAACUGAGCUACUGGAAAGAUUUACCCUAUUCUCCCAAUUCGCCACCCUAUCGGCCUGUGACCAAAACAUCAACCACACGGGCCAACGUCUAACCUGCGACUACGGCACUUGCGGACUAGUAGAAGCCGAUAACACAACGGUAAUCAACACAUUCCAUAGCGACCACGGGCCGACCGGCUACAUCGCCCUAGACCACACGCGGAAACUGAUACUCAUAACGUUCCGCGGAACCGUAUCUGAAAGCGACGGCAAGACAGAUCUUGACCUCGCUCUCACCCCGAUUGGUGAGGUGUGCACCGGAUGCAAAGCCCAUCAUGGGUUCUGGGUAUACUGGACUGCAAUAGCGAGCCAGGCGACGGCCCAGCUUCACGAUGCAACCAGUGCAUAUCCGGGGUAUAGAUUGACCGUUGUCGGACACAGUCUGGGUGGGGGGAUUGCAACGCUGGCAGGGACUGUUCUUCGAAAGCAAGGGUUCAGUCUGGACGUUUGGACAUUCGGAGCCCCCAAACCAGGCAAUAUGAAACUGGCUGAGUUCAUCACAAACCAGCAACAGCCAAACAGCAUCUACCGAGCCACGCAUACUACAGACCCCGUACCGAAAGUGCCGAUCAAUCUGCCGUUCUUGGAUUGGAGCCAGCCUUCGCCUGAAUACUGGAUUACUCAGGAGACUGAGGUGCAGACCACCGCUGAUGGGGUGCAGUAUGUUGAAGGGAUCAAUAGCAGGGCGGGGAAUGCUGGUUCAGCUCGGGAUUUGAGGUGGCCGAAUCCUGAACAUGGGUGGUAUUUUGGGAAUAUGAGUGUCUGCGCGGCUCCGAUAGAUGCAUCGUCAUAA